AUGUUGAACAAGGCGAAGAGCACGUUUUACCAGAAAAUGUCUCGUUGCGAUAAGGAUUUUUGUUGUGGGUAUGUGAAACGAAGAGUACCGAUUUUAUCAUGGAUGAGAAACUACAAACUCACGUGGCUUCCUCAAGAUGCAUUGGCCGGCUUCACUGUUGGUCUUACGGCUAUUCCACAAGGUAUCGCUUAUGCUAUCGUCGCUGAGUUAAGUCCCGAGUAUGGAUUAUACGCGACUUUCAUGGCGUCUUUCGUAUACAUCGUUUUUGGUUCUUGCAAAAGUAUUACCAUCGGUCCAACUGCUAUUAUGGCAACAAUGGUGCGACCUUUAGUAUUGCAAUAUAAUGCAGAUAUGGUAGUAUUACUUUCAUUUUUGAAAGGUUGUAUGAUCACUUUACUCGGGCUCCUGCAUUUAGGUUUUCUGUUGGACUUCAUUUCAUUACCCGUAAUCACGGGUUUCACUGCGGCUGCUUCUAUUAAUAUAGCUUCUUCACAAUUUAAACCAUUGUUAGGUAUUCCUGGUAGGAGCGAAGACUUGGUAGAUUCUCUAAUUUCAGUAUUUUCGAACCUCGAAAAUAUCAGAUAUCAAGACACGUUGCUGGGUAUUGUAACGGUAGUGGCUUUGGUUAUAUUCAAGAAUUUACCUGGAAGGCGAACCGGUACGUGGCCGCAGAAAAUUACUUGGACCGUUACUCUUGCUCGUAACGCUUUGGUGGUCAUCACAGGAACUGUGGUUGCAUAUAUCUUUUACAUCAACGAUAAAGAACCUUUUAAGCUAACCGGAUCAAUGGGCAAUGGAUUACCACCGUUUGGCCCACCGCCUUUCUCGAUAACAGCCAACAAUCGCACGUAUAAUUUUCUUGAAACCACUGCUGCUAUGGGAACGACGCUUUUCUCCGUCCCGAUUGUAUCUACGAUCGAGCAUAUGGCGAUAGCAAAAGCCUUCGCGAUGGGAGAAUCUUUGGAUGCCACGCAAGAAAUGCUCGCAUUAGGGUUGAGCAACAUAUUUGGUUCGUUCGUUCGGUCAAUGCCAGUUACAGGCUCUUUUACGCGAACGGCAGUCAAUCACGCAUCUGGAGUUAAAACCACGUUUGGAGGCUUAUUUACGGGCUGUCUCGUGUUAGUCGCGUCUAGCUUGUUGACGUCUACCUUUCGCUUUAUUCCUAAAGCUACUUUAGCUGGCGUUAUAAUAUGCUCCAUGUACUACAUGCUCGACUUCAAAACGUAUGCUCUAUUGUGGCGUGCCAAAAAAAUCGACUUCCUUUUGAUGUUGGUUACAUUACUAUUUUGCGUAUUUUUGAAACUGGAAUGGGGUAUCAUGAUUGGUAUAGUCUUAAAUCUAGUGAUAUUGUUGUAUUUCUCGGCCCGACCGUCCGUUCAUACUGAAAUCGAACAGGCAGAAAACGAAACCGCGAUUCGUAUCACUCCUGAAGAAAGUAUCACGUUUCCAGCGGCAGAACAUUUUCGUGCCAAUAUUAUGAAACUUUCGGAAGAAAACUCAUACAACGUUAUACUUGACUGUAAGAAUUUGAAGAGGAUCGAUGUAACAGUUGCGAAGAAUCUUAAACUAUUAGCCAACGAUCUACGGCUUCGUGGACAAACUAUCGUUUGCGAAAAUUGCCAUGAAAAUGUUGAAAACGUAUUGAAGACUGUUGCACCAGAUCUUUGA